AUGGGUUCAUACACUGAGAGGCCCGACUUUUGCAACGAGUCUGUGAUUCAUCGGAAUCGUCUCCCAGCGCGUUCAUAUUGGAUUCCCGAAGAUGCUGUUGUUUUAAACGGAACUUGGGACUUCCAUCUUGCACCGACCCCCUUUCACGAGGUCGACGAGUGGAAAUCCAUCCAGGUCCCGGCCCACUGGCAACUCCAAGGCUACGGCAAGCCUCAUUAUACCAAUGUACCUUAUCCAUUCCCGAUUGAUCCACCCUUUGUUCCGACCGAGAACUCAGUGGGAACGUACAAAAGAAAUUUCAGCAUCCCAUCAGAUUGGAGUCGUUCAUCUCAGAUACGACUCAGGUUUGAUGGCGUGGACAGUGCCUUUCAUCUCGGCGUCAAUGGAAAGCAGAUUGGGUAUAGCCAGGGAAGUAGGAACUCUGCAGAGUUCGACAUCACCAAUCACAUCUCCUUCGAGCAGGACAAUGAAGUUACUGUUCUGGUAUAUCAAUGGUGCGAUGGCAGCUAUCUCGAAGACCAAGAUCAAUGGUGGCUUUCUGGUAUCUUUAGAGACUUUCAUCUCUUAGCUUUUUCGGCUAUGGCCCGAAUUGAAGACUUCUUUGUUCAAACCUGGCUUGAUGAAAACUAUGAAAACGCCACCUUGAAGGUUGGUGUUAAGCUUCACCUUGAGGAGGCAUGUACGAUCGAGGUCCAUGUUCGGGAUCACGACGAUAUUCCCAUUCAACAUUCCACUCAGGCAGCUCCAACAGGUUGCGAAAGCUUGGAGGUGGAAUUGCCAUUUUUGGCCCCUGAGAAGUGGACCGCAGAGACCCCAUAUCGCUACAAAAUGGAUCUGCUCCUCAUAUCCCCGAAUGGCAAAAAACAAACCAUCAAGCAGAAAAUUGGAUUCCGGCAAGUCGAACUCCGCAACGGCAACGUUACAGUAAACGGAAAAGCCAUUCUGUUCCGCGGUGUCAAUCAUCAUGACUUCCACCCCUCGGAUGGGCGCGCGGUGCCGCUUGAAUUCCUAAGGAAUGAUUUGAUUUUGAUGAAAAAGCACAACGUCAAUGCUGUUCGAUGCUCUCACUACCCAUCCCACCCGCAAUUCUACGAUUUCUGUGAUGAGAUCGGCUUGUGGGUGAUUGACGAGGCCGAUCUCGAAUGCCAUGGUUUCAUUCGCGGGGACGUUGAUAUGAAGGAGUUGCCAGAAGAAGUUUGGCGAGCGAACGGCUCAGAAUCAAUUGAGGAGUACCUUAGCCCAGUUCUGGCCAAAUACAUCAGUGAUAACCCAUCAUGGCGUGAGGCAUACCUGGAUCGGAUCACCCAAAUGCUCCAACGCGAUAAAAAUCACCCAUCCAUCAUUAUCUGGAGCUUGGGCAACGAGGCCUGGUAUGGAUGCAAUCAUGUUGCGAUGUCCGAGUAUGCCAAAAAGCAUGACCCUACUCGUCUAGUCCACUAUGAAGGGGACAGAAAGUCAAAGACAGCAGACCUGUGUUCAUUCAUGUACCUGGAGCUAGAAAAUCUAGAGCGAAAAGCAUUAGCCGAGGGCGAUGACUUCGAGAAGCCGAUCAUACUCUGUGAGUAUGGAAUGGCAAUUGGAAAUGGACUUGGAGCACUAGAAGAGUAUCAGCAAUUGUUCCACAAAUAUCGGCGCUUGCAAGGAGGCUUCAUCUGGGAGUUUGCCAAUCUUGGAAUAUGGAGGGAAGACAAAGGCUACUUCGCUUAUGGAGGCGACUUUGGCGACUCUCCACAUGAUGGUACCUUUGCGCUGGAUGGACUUUGUCAGUCUGACCACUCUGCAGGACGUGGCAUGGUGGAGUUGAAAAAGGUGGUCGAACCUGUUAAACUUUCCAUUCGUGAUGGACAAAUUUUCUUGCAAAACUUGUUUGACUUCGACGUUCUGGAAAAUUUGUUGGUUGUCGUCCAGAUAUGUACAUUCGAUGGACAUGAACAGAACACGAUUAUCUCAGACCGAAAGCCUUGUCCAAAAGUGCUGCCUUCGGAAACAGGCACCAUUCUGCUCCCGGAGGUUCCAACUCACCUAGAGAAUAUUUUAGAAUGCUGGGUUACCGUAAGCCUUCAGAUCUCCCAGCCUACGUCAUGGGCAGAAGCGGGUCAUGAAGUUGCAUGGUGCCAAUCUUCGCUCUUGGAGCACGAACGGCCAAGCAUCCCGGCCACAGUGCAGGACAACCUUGCCAUCAACAUUCAUGAAACAGCAACCUGCUAUCAAGUGAACGGCUCUAAAUUUUCCAUCGAGUUUGAUCGAAUCCGGGGUCGCAUGGCAAGCUGGACGAUGCAUGGCCAGAAUUUGUUUACAACGGCACCAACCUUUGCAGCCUGGCGACCUCCGACAGAAAAUGACACUAAGUACGACGCUGCAAGAUGGAGUGCCUACUCUAUAAACAAUCUACAGCAACGGGUGAUCUCCGUCUCUUUGCGGAACCCUGAUACAAACAGUGUUGAGAUUACCGUCGAGGCCUACAUCGGAGCUGUCAUACGAGACUGGGGAUUUACCAGCACCAUUGUCUACACAAUUCAUGGAGAUGGUACAGUUGUAAUUUCUCACAAUGUUCGUCCUCGGGGCUAUCAGCCUACCAUACUACCUCGGAUAGGUCUCGAUAUGCAGCUACCCUCCGAUUUUACAGCAGUGGAUUGGUUUGGCUGUGGACCUGAGGAAUCCUAUGCUGAUAAGCGCAACUCCCAAAAGCUUGGAUUACAUAGCCGUACCCCAGAUAGUCUGUUCACAUCUUAUGAGUAUCCACAGGAGAAUGGAAACCGUACGGGCACACGCUGGCUUCAGCUCACGAACAGCCAGGGUGUUGGGUUCGUGGUGACGCGAGUGGAUGAGGCUAGAAAGACAGGGGAUGAGUUUGACUUUGCGGCACUACAUUACAGUGCAGAAGAUAUCGCCAAUGCGGCUCAUCCGAAAGACUUGAAGAGGAGGGCAGACGUCUUCCUUCGGUUAGAUGCUGCACACGCAGGAUUGGGAACUGCGCGUUGUGGCCCUGGUACUCUGAAAAAGUACCAGGUUCCUUGUAAAGAGGCUAGCUUUGCAUUUUCUUUUACUCCGCAGGUUCCUCUUUGA